ACCCCGAUGACAUCUCCACAUGCUGCAGCUACAGCGCCGAAGAUGGAAACUAACCUACAUAUAUUGCUCUCUGUAACUAAAACCCUGCCAGACAGCAUCAGGUUCAUAAAGUCAAGAGUUGGAAAACGAAAAAAAACUACUCACUGUAGGGAGUCUAUAACUCGUCACCCCGUCAAGAUAGAUAAACAAUUCAGCUAGUAUGCUCGAAAAUCACACAAGAUCAAAAGUCUCACAAAGAUCUCAUCAUAUUCACACGAAUUCAAGAAACAAUCUUGAUCAUAAUACAAAACUACUCACAGGAAACAACCGUACACGCUACCCAGAAAUAAAGGAAAAAUUCGCUAACAAAAUGAAAAACACUACUUCUACCUAUUCACCCAUCACUCAACACCUCCUCCCCCGUCCCCCCAUCAGCCCUCCCAUUCCGCCCAUCCCUCCACCCAUUCUUCGUCCCCCUCCUAUACCACCGCCCAUUCCCCCACCCAUCCUACGCCCUCCACCCAUCAUGCCGCCGCCAAUUUGGCCCAUGGGAGGACCGCCUCCGCCGUGGUGGUGGUGA